AUGAGGCAUACUCGGUUCAUCAAUUGCUGGAAAUGUUCCCACGGCAACCUAGAUAAUUCUCCUCUCACGAUCAAUGAAGAUGGUAUGAUAAUUGAUAACCAAUUUUGUGACGCCAAUGCGGAAGUGGUGGACCUCAAAAACAGUAUUAUCGCUCCUGGCUUUAUUGAAUUGCAAAUAAACGGUGCUUUGGGUUUUCAUUUUGCAAAUUAUGUCGGUCCUACCAGUUAUCAUGACGGCGUACAAAAGUUAUCGCAAUAUCUCCCAAGCACAGGAGUAACUGCGUUCUACCCCACAGUACCUACUGUCCGACCUGAUGUUUUUCAUAAUGUCCUACCAUUUCUGAAACCAUCUAAUUCAUCUACUGGGGCCAGCGUAUUGGGUGCACACGUUGAAGGACCCUUCCUUGCUCCGAGUAAGAAAGGUGCCCACAAUGCCGGAAAUCUGCUCGUUCCCGAAACUUCGACUCUUGAAGAUGUCUAUGGAAAACACAAUCUCUUAAAUGCGAUUCGAAUUGUAACAAUGGCUCCAGAGCUACCAGGGGCAUUGAAGCAUAUCCAAAAACUGAGAGAGGAGUACACCAUUACGGUGAGUAUGGGACAUAGUGCGGCCACUUAUGAGCAAGGAUUGCAGGGUAUGGACGCCGGUGCAUCUCUAUUGACUCACACCUUUAAUGCUAUGAAUCCUUUGCAUCACAGAGAGCCAGGUCUAGUUGGUCUUAUAUCUAGUCCAGAAGCUGGAAAGCGACGGAAACCGUCAUUCUCAUUGAUCGCCGAUUCUAUUCACCUUCAUCCAUCAAUUGUCUCCAUGGCCUACCACGCUUCUCCACAUAAGGCUAUCUUAGUAACUGAUUCCGUCGAACUUUCCGGUCUUCCAGAUGGUAUUUAUCCUGGGCAUUCCCAGAUCCCGCAUCCACAGCUCAAAGUAGGGAACAAAGUGACUAUAGCUGGAACUGAAACCCUUGUUGGUACUUGUAUUCCACUGGAUCAGUGCGUCAGGAAUCUGAUGGAAUGGGCAAACAUAGCAAUCGAGAAGGCCGUAAUGACAGUCACUGAGAACGUAGCAGCUACGAUGGGUUUGGUGGAUAGAGGUGGCCUAGGAUCCAGCUGCAGAGGGGAUUUUGUGGUGAUGGAUAAACAAGGGUAUGUAAAAGAGACUUGGGUGCUAGGAAAGAAGAUUUGGAGCAGCAGUUGA